AUGUGGUCAAACAGAGAGCUUACAGCGUUGGUGCAGAAGAAGGACGGCAUGACAACCCAGAACACGAGGACGAAAGCAAGGACGAUUCCCAUCAACGCGUAUCGUGCCCACGUGGUCAACCUGCUCGUGCAGAGUUCGGAUUGCAACACGUCCGCGCGACACCUCGAUGUUCGAGAUGCCCGACUAGAAGAAGCUCGAUAA